AUGAAAAAACUUUACGACGAUAAAGUGAUAUUCGAGAGAACGCAGAUUUGGGCGCAAGGAAUCGAGCAAUGGACUGCGCUCUCGGCGGUGCCACAGUUCCGAUGGAGUGUGUGUUGUCAGGGCGGUGGUACGAACGCGUUGUAUAACUUCACCGAGCUGUGCACGCUCAUUUUGGAUAUUUUUAUACAAAUGUGCCUUUUCUUCCCGUCAAGAGAUGAGAACGAAUGCGUUGUGAGACCGUUACCUCAGGUGAAGCGAAAUCUCUCGGAGCCGUUGCUGCUCUAUCAGAUUGUUCAGUUGUUGCUCACCUACGAUCCAGCCGUGGUGCAGCGGGUUGCCUCUUUAUUACUACUUGUUAUGCAGGACAAUCCAUUUUUGAGUCGUUUAUACUUGUCCGGUGUGUUCUUCUUUAUUCUCAUGUACAACGGGUCGAAUGUACUGCCAAUCGCACGUUUUCUGCACUACACACAUAUGAAACAAGCUUUUCGAUCGGUUGUGGUUGGUGUCAUUCUUUGA